AUGAAUCAUUAAUUUUCUUCUUAUUAUGGAUCACAGACAACAAGGAGUAGAUUAAGAUCUAAUAGUCCUAAUUAAUUGAAAAAUUUAGAGUUUAUUAUUAAAUCAACACAGUAAAAAUAUAAGUCUUAAUAAACAACACCUCUAAAAAGUUCAAAAAUUGUUGAGCCUAUAAAAACUUAAAAUUUCGAUAUCUUCAGCACUAAAUCUGAAAUCAGAAAAUUAAGAGUGUAAAGUAUGCGAAGUCAAUCUUAAAUUGAUAAUAAAAUAUUAUGGAAUUAAGUAUAAGAUUAAUUGGAAAGAAAAUUAGGAACUUGUUCUGAAUUUGAAAAAUUGAGAAACAAUUCAAUUUAUAGAAAAUUGAGAGAAAUGAAGCUAUAAGAAAAUGAAGAGAAAAGAUUAUUGCAAGAGAGAUAAAUCUAAAAGGAAUUAUCAAAAAAGACUAAGUUAAUUGGUGAACAGAAAUUAUAGAAAUAAAUAGAGACAAAAAGAUAAAAUAAAUUUCAAUUAUCUACUAUUGUUAAUGCAUUAACAUUAAUUUAAAUACAUUCAAAAACAUAUUCUAUGAAAUUAGCUAAAUUAAUAGCAAAAAAUUAUUUAAAUAUAUUAGAUUAUAAUAAUUACAUGGAAUAGAAAAGAUUAAAUGAUAAUUAAUCCAGUUAAAAUACCCCAAAGACUCCAAAUUUAGGAAAAGAGUAAAUAUUAGAAAUUUAAGAUUUAGUUAAUGGAGGAAUACAUUAGAUAAUAAUUGAAAAUAAAAUUAAGAAACAUAGAGAAUAACUAAAAGCAAGUGAAAUAUUCUCUGAAGAUGUUUUAAGAAGAGUAAGACUCUUGUAAAGUUGUUUUCAUUUAAAAGUAUUUAGUAAAAAGAGUAAAUCUCAUAAAUACAGAAGAUAAUAGGUUUAUGGUGUUCCUAGUACAAGAGUAAAAGCCUAGACUCGUAGAUUAGGUGAUAUUAAAUUUAUGAAUUAAUAUUCACCAAAAUCAAAUAAACCUGGAGCAAUGAUUAAUUUUAAUAAUGAAUUAAAAUAACCAAAAAAAUCAUUAAGACUUUUUAGAAGUUUAACCAAAGGUUCAUUGACAACAUAAAAAAGCUUAUUUUUUAAUAGGUAAAAUACAAAUGAAUUCUUAUUGAAAGGAGUUUAGAUGCUCCAUUAUCCAAUCAUUAAAUAUAUAUCAAUUUUUUACAAAAAUAUGGUCGUUUGGUCAAUCUCUUAUAAAGAUAUAACUUUAGAUAAAUCUUGCAUAGUAUUAUUUUUUAAAGGAGAAGGAAAAUAUAAGUAUAGAUAUCGUUUAGAUGUACCAAUAGGUCAAAAUCCUAUGAUUAAUUAUAAUGAAAAUUGUUUAACUGUUUGGCCAACUGUCAGAGAUUAUUUAAUUAGUUAUCUUCAUAUGAAAGGAUAAUUAGCUUUACUUGAUCAUAAAUAAUUACCUACUGCUUAAAUUUAUAAAUUAAAUUUUAUAAAAGGUUUAACUGAUAGAUCUAGAAUGAAAAUUACUAGUUUAGAUAUUCAUGGUAUUACUGAGACUAAAAAAAUACUUGAUUAUUUAUAAAAAUCUCAAAUUGUUAAAAUUAGAAAAGUAUUUGGUACUGUUUAUGAAUUACUUCCUCAAUUCAUUGAAGUCAAUAAAUAUGGAUAAAAGAAAUAAUACAUAGUAAAUUUACCUUUUGUUCACAAUAUUGUUUUAUAACUUAGAAUGUUUGAGGAAUAACUUUUAUUAUAAAAAAGAAGUUUAGUGGAUGUUGAAUAAAAUUUAAUUGAAAGAUAUUCAUCCUUUCUAUAUGGAAAUACUGAUUAUAUAAAUUAGAUUUUAAAUUUUAGAUUUAUUCACAAUAAUCCUGAAUUUUUUAAAGAUUAAAUGUUGAAAGAUAUACAAUUACUUGAGGAGAAAUCUAUUUAUAUUUAAUCAGCUACAUUAAAAUUAAGUGAUAUCUUAUAAGUUGAAAGUAAUACUGAUCAUAUUUCUUAUGGUAGUUAUUGUCUAUUAAGUAUAUUUUUAACAAUUAAUUGUAAAAUUAAUUUAAAAUUAUUACUCUUAGAUGUUUCUGAUAAAUCUAUGUAUAACAAUCUAUCUGACACUGUUAAUUUAUUUGAAUAUAUUUGUAAAAAAAGAAAUUAAUUACAAUUAAUUUUUAAAUAAGAAUAUUUUCAAUUUUAAAUUAAAGUAACUUUUCAUGAAAGAGAUGAAGCAGGUUAUAAUAGAGAGGUCUAUUAAAAAAAUUUAUUUGCUGAAAAAAAAGAUAGAUAAAUUAAUUAAUUAAUUUUAAGUGUGAAUGAGUGGUUAAAAUUAUGUAAAGCAAUUAAAAGCAAUAAUUAAGUAGAAGAUUCUGAAUAAUUUUUUGAUUUUAAUAAAUUAGUAAAAUCUAUUUUGUUAGAAUAACAAUUUUACUCUAGAAUAGCUGAAGAAACUUUAAAGUCUGUCUUUUGCAUAAGCUUAAAAAAUGAAUAAGUUAUGUUAAAAGCUUCAUAUAAACAUAUUUUAUCUGUUUCAUAUAAUUUUAUUGAACAAUUAGAUCAUUACAAUUUUUCAAAGAAUCUUGGAUAUGUACAUAAAUAUAGUAUAUAUCCAACAGAAUACCAUGAUAUUAAAUAAAUUAAAUAAGAAUAAAAAAAAUUAACAUUUACUUCAAAAGAUGCUAAAUAAUUUAAUAAAUAAUUUAAAUAAAUAAAUACAGCUGAAAUCAAAUUAACAAAUACUAAUACCAAAAUUUCACUUAUUGUUGAUUACUAAUAUGAAUAUCACAUUUCUUAGAGUAUGCCUAUUGAUUGUAAUUAACUUUAAUUAAUAAGUUAUAGUUCCUUUAAAAGAAAUUAUUUAACUUAUUAUAUUGUAACUAAUCGAGAGAGCACAAAAAUUAUAAUAUAAAAAUUAUUUAAAUCUCCUAUUAUAAUUAAAAUUGAAGAUCCAGAUUUGAUCUUUUAAAUUUUAAAUUGUCAAAAUCUAACAUCUAAAUAACUUUCAUAAGAAUUACUUGGAUGCAUACAUUAAAUUUAAAAGAAGAAUAGCUUUUUGACAAAUAAUAUGCAAUUUUUUAUUUAAAACAAUAAACACCCAUUACCUAGUUAUAAAUAAAUAAAAUUUAUGCUGAUUAACGAUUCCAAUAAAUUAUUAAAUUAUUUAGAUAGAUUGAGCUUUAUGUUUUUAUUUAAAUAAAACUUUAGUGGAUCUUAAAUUUUAGUAAAUGCUAAAAUUUAUUUUAUUUGUAAAGAUUUUCAUACAAGAUUUGAUGAAAAGAUCUUUUAUUUUCAUUCUGAAGAUUUAUUUUUAGGAUUAGAAAUCCAAGAAUUUAAGUCAAAGCUAAAAAAAUAUAUUAUUAUUCUAAAUAAAUUUGAUUUAGAAAAGCUUUUUGAUAUUAAAGGGUAUUUAGAUAUAUCAACCGUACAUUUUUGGUGUAAAACAAUUAUAAAUAAUUUAUCUUUUGAUAAAUAAAAUAUAUAUAGAUUACCAUAUUUGUAAAAUUUGAAUCAUUACAUAAUUCCAAAACUUGAUGAUGAAGAAGAAUCUCAUAGAUUAAAGGCUUAAAGAAGUAUGACUAAUGAUUAUAAGAAUGAUGAAUAAAACACAGUUUGUAAAUAAUUUCUUUAACCUUAAAUUAAAUUAUUCAGAGUAAUAGGUCAUUAUGUUAUGAAAUAUUUUCUUAUGAAGUCAUCAAAAAAAUUUAAACUAACAACUCGUUUACAAUAAUAAUAUCAUAAUGAAUAUGAAUCUAUUAGUAUUGAAUUUGUUGUCAUUACUAUAUAAGCUCAUAAUAUUUUUGAUAUGUUUAGAAUAAUAUAUUAUUUUCCUAAAAGCAAAAGAAGAUUAAUGACUCAUAUUUCAAUAUUGCAAUUUUAAGAAAUGGAUUUUAGAGAUAACUUAAUUUUUGAUUUACUUGAUUUCAAUGAAUAUAAAAAUUAUUAGGAUAUUGAAAUCUAUGUAAAAUCAUAGAAAAGUGGAAUACAUUUCAAACAUUCUAUUUAAUUAGAUAAAUAAGUUUUAACAAGAAUUAAAUUUAUGAAGUAAUCAGUAGAUAUUUAAAAUCCUUUUUAAUUUGCUUUUAAAAAAAGCACAAAUAAUUUUCUAAAGGUUAGUGAUGAUUUAAUUACCAAAAAUAGAUACUUAUUAUCAUAAAUCAAAUAAAAUUAAUAGCUUUCGGAUAAAGUUAUUAAGUUUAUGUUAUUUACUCGAAAAUUGAAUAAAGAUUUACAAUUUGAAUUGUAGAAUAAAUUAAUAGAAAUCAAGAUUUGGGAACUUUUGCUUAAUUAAGUAUUUGAGUUAAAAUUUAACAAUUUUAAAUCAAUAAAUAAUUAUAUCCAUUUAAUAGAUAGAAUUAUCUAGACUUUUGAUUAAAAGAAACGAAAUUAAGUUAAAAUAAUUGGCAAAGAAUAUUUGUUGAAAAAAUAAUCUAGUGGUUCUUUAAAAAAUAAUUAUACUGUUUAGUCUAAUGUGACUUAACUAUACACUAGACUAAUACUCACACAUAAUAUCAAAGUUACAGAAAAAUUUAAUUUUCCUGACACUGAUAUUAAUUUAAAUAUUGGAUUUUUAUAAUAUCCAUUAUUAGAAUUCAUAUGUAGUUAAGAAAUUAAAUUAGAAAGAUUAGGAAAUGCUUAUUUAGAAUGUUUCAUUGAACAAAUCAAGAAGACAUAAUAAAAUUAACAAGUUUUUAAUCCUCAAUAAUUAAUAUCAUAUUCAUAAUCAUCAGAUUAUAAUAUCUAUUUGAGAUACUAUUGUUUAUAAAAUUUAAAAUACAAAGAUAUCAGAUUAAAUAUGAGAGAAUUAUUGAACUUAUUUAUAGCUGAUGGAUUUUUCAAAAGUAAAACUAAUUAUAUGAAUAGUAGAUUAAGCUAAUCAGACAUAUAGAAUAUGUGUUAUUAUUUAGUAUAAAAAAUACGAGACCAAAACUACUUAAACUUGUCUUCACUUGUUUUACUAAAAAAAGAAAGAAAGUUUUCUUUGGCAUCGUAGAUUUUAUUAGAAACACAAGAUUCGUUGAUUCCUAAUUAAAAUAAUUCGACUUUGCUUUUCGAUGAAGGCUAUCUUUAUACAAAAGCAAUAAAAGGAAAUAAAUGUUUUGAUAUUCUUUAAUUGUAGAUCUUUCCUUCAACAAAAAAAAUUAUUGUUAAUUUGAGUGAUAGUAAAGCUGUAUUAUUUUAACAAAAAAUUUAUACCUUUUAGGAAGCUGAUUAAUUAGCAACUCAUUUUCUUAUUCUAUUCAAAUCUAAAUAUGUACAAUAGGCUUUAUAACGUCUUGCAUAAGCUUUAGAGUACAAAUUAAUUCAAUUACAAAAAGUAUGA